AAAGGGUUAGUGUCGAACACAGAACACUUUGGGUGUCAAUAUAAACCAAUUUCUAUAAGGAUACUCUUCUAAAAGCGUGAAACAAGGAUACGAAUCCUUUUCCGACGCUGUAAAGUAUACAUUUACUUGAUCGUAGCCAACAGGAGGUCGAUCCAUAAGGAUUCAUAAGGAUCUAAAAAGUGAACCCCCGUUUUCUUCAACCGCGAAUAAUAUGAAGGUCGGGUGGUCGGUGAUUUUGGCCGGCUCAGUUCUUUUAUUGGCGCAGGGCCGAUAUGCCGAGACAAAGGAUAAAAAAUUUGACAAAAUGAUUCAGGUAAUCCAGAAUUUUUCCCUCAACUUAUUCCAAGAAAUGGUCCUGUGGAGAUACGAGAAACGUCAAUACGUAAACGAAGUAGUGUCGCCCUUUUCCCUGUGGACCGCGUUGAUAAUGAUAUACGAGGGCGCGGGCGGAGAAACCUUGGAACAGCUGCGUCGUGUAUUGGGGAUCUCUGUGAAAGAGGACGACUUGAAGGAGUUCUAUGACGAGACGCGCGAACUUCGAGACACCGAUUCUGACGAAAUGGAGAUUCACUCCUGGCAACAGCUGUACCACAACAAGCAGUAUACUAUCGAACCUCGAUACAACGAUGUUGUGUAUUUUUACGAUAUGGGACCUAAUAGAAAGGAUUUCGAAAACUUUGUCGGAGUUAUCAAAGAUGACAUAAGGUUCGGAACAAACUUUUACAUUGAACCCGCCCUUCAGAGACAUAAUAUAGUUGAGGCUAGAAUGUUGCUGAUCUCUGCCAUCUACUUCAUCGGCAAGUGGAAGUAUCCCUUCGACAGGGAGUUGACGAAAGUUGAGCCAUUUUAUAACGAGAAGUCCCCCUACAAGCAACUCGCUAAGGUGCCUAUGAUGGUGCAAACAAACAAAUUCACCUACGUUGAUGACAUUGAGGGUCUGGAUGCCCGUGUCCUGGAACUGCCCUACGGGGAGGAGGGCACAGCAGUGAUGCUCGUAAUGCUGCCCAAUCGCGGAGUUACACUCAAUAGUGUGCUCGAGAAUCUGAAGGAAAAGGGCUUGCGUCUUGUCCUGGAUGCUGUCGGUAAUACCUCUUCGAAAAAGGAUGUGGAGGUUAAGAUUCCCAAGUUCAACACGUUCUCCUCCUACCUACUUCCGAAGUUUCUAGCCGAGAUAGGUAUCAGGAAAUCGGUAUCUGGUACGGCAAACUUCACAUUCAUGACCGAGGGACCGAGUGAUAUAAAUAUGUACCUCUCGCACGCCUUCCAUUACAGCCGCAUAAUCGUGGACGAAAGUGGCGCGCCUGACACGAAGCCAUCGCCACCGCCGGCCAACAAGACGGGGGUGGUUGAGUUCCACAUGAACAAGCCGUUCUUUUACCUCAUCCUGGAGAAGCAAAUGAACCUCAUCCUCUUCGCCGGAACAAUCCGGAAUAGGGCUUGAUUCAAUGAGUCCAAGUACGAAAAAACGUAUCUUAAACCUGCAUGGGCUUAGUGUCUUUAGGUUUCUUCAAUCUGGCAUCUCAAUAUAAAAAACUUGUCUUCUUGAACAGCACUAUUAACAUUCAUUGUGCAUUAAUUUAGACAAAAUAAAGGCCAGUGCACGAAAAAAACUGUAAAAUUUCGUGCUAGAAAUAAAUGUAUCUAUCUAUUGUACCAAGAGCGUGUGAAAUAUUAAACUGUAAUAAGCAAACCUAA